AUGAUUUAUCUCGAUCCGAUGAACUUGACCCUUCUGCUUGAUGAUUUCGAUAACAAGUGGAGGGAUGUCAGGCCUCAAUUCAAAGAUCUGUUGGGCAAGCGUGGAGUGUUUGGCAUAAGUGCGAUGUCGGUGUUGGAUAUUCUAAUGUCUUUGAUAUCUCCGCUGUCAGUGAUUGCCUGGAUGAUCUAUCGGGCGAUCAAGGUGUGGCGCCAGUUUCCUAAUGCUUGGACUGAUCAACUCAAGAGCGAGCAGGAAAUAUGGACAUACCAAUGGUGGGCGAGCGGUGGCGCGCGGGAUAUUCCUGAUGGAAACAUUCUCCGUUACUGGGAGCAUUACGGACAAAUCACUCUUUCUGUCUGGUGUAGGUUUUCCUACUUCCCCUAUGACACCAACUCCGACUGA